ACGGUAUUUAGAAACAGUGUAAUUGUGUGUGUAACCUUAAAAUGGCGGAUUCUUCAAAGAGGAGAAAGAGUAAGAACAAUGAAAGUCAAUGGUUCCAGCCUUCAGCCUCAGGCGCAGAUGCAGACCAGCUCCUCAGCUUUGAAAAGCUAGACAGAGCAUCACCAGAUCUAUGGCCAGAACAGAUUCCAGGUGUGUCAGAAUUUGCUGCUGAGAAAAUGCUGUCUAGAGAUGGAUCGCCCCCCAAAUGGAUGGCCGACCUUGAAAAUGAGGAUAUCAACCUCCUACAAGAGUUUGGGAGUCUGACCACAAAACAGCUGAUGGAGAAGGUGAAAGGUUUGCAGAACUUGGCUUAUCAGCUGGGACUAGAGGAAGCUAGAGAAAUGACUAGAGGGAAAUACCUGAAUGUGCUACAAAAACAGAAAAAAUGAGAGGCAAGCUGUAGAUAAGCAGGUACACCUGCCUGCAAUCGACUAACUGACUGCUUAUAGGUGUUGCCAACUCACCGGUCCCUGAUGGAAAGACUGGGACCACAUAUCGCUCCAAGCAAUGCACAGAGACUGAAUCUUCAUGUAUAAUAUUGACAGAUGACUUACGAGAAAUGCAGAGUACAAAGACAACCAUUUGUUCCCCAUAUUCAUGGAAAUUAUUUCAUUUUUUCAUGUGCCAAGUAAAUAUUCAUAGGUAUUGAAUUGACUAUUAUUAACAUUUAUAUCUUGAUAGAGGACAUCAAGAGAAGGUUGGGGGAGCAAGAACUAUUUUGAACUCAACUGUCCACAACAUGCUCAUGGUGAGCUUAUGUGAUCGCCUUUUGUCAGUCGUCUUGAUAUUGAUAUUAGUCAAGUUUCCGGCAUAAAGUGUUCGAAGAAUUAAAAUUAAAUUUCAUUAUAAUCUAUUAUAAUGAUAAGACUUUAAAAGUAAGUGCAGAGUACAAAAACCAUAUCUUUUUCUUUAAUAUUUAUUAUGGGCUUGCUCACCCUUGUUUCAUUUUAUUGUUCAAUACCGGUACAUAAAAGUAGGUAUAUAACUGAUUGUGUGGUGAUUUUUAACCUACCACCGUUUUUACUUACCUUCAUUUUUCUUUGGGUAUAUUGUUCCUUUUAGUUAAUAAAUUAAAAGCGUCCAUUUAUUUCCUGUAAGCAUUGCCGAGGUUUUAUUCAUUGUUGAAAAUAUGCCUAGAAAUGUAUUGUUGUGUGUUGUUUUUAUAUCCAUUUGUUUAAUAAAUGUAUAUUGCGUU